AUGAGAAGCCUCCAUGCCAGCAACGCGCACUUGGCCACCUGGGCCACCUGGGCCACGUGUUGGGCGGUCGUGGCCGGCUCCACACCUUCUCCGGCCGUCGUGGCGGAGAAGCAUGCGAGCGAAUUGGAUCUGAACUGCGACAGCUACGAGGAUGGCGUGGAUUGGAGCGAGGUGCGGAAGCGACUCUUUGAGUUCCUGGUGAAUCCGUCCGAGCCACACCCUUGGUUGGGUUCACUGCUGGCACUGGGCCGAACACAGACUGACUGCUACAUUGGCUUGUGCUGCUUGGGCUAUCUGGCGAUGAUCUUCAUGAGCCCCGAAAAGAGGCUCAAGGCACUGAUGCACACGUUGUUUGGGAGCGUUCCGCUCUGGGAUCAGAUCCCUUUGUCUUACUGGGAUACCAUCCACAGCCGUUGGCCCAUCUUUGGCUUGUUGGAGAUCGUUGGAGCACAAGUGCGAGACACCUCCGAGGCCUGGGAACUCUUCUGGAAUCAGAGCGUCCCCGCAGUCCCCUCGGACGGUGCGCGAUGGGACGCCGAUGGCGGCGUGGAUGGGAGGUUUCAAGAGAUCUUGGAGAAGCAGUUGGCGACUGGAGCUCCUCUGCCCUCCUACACAGCCAUCAGGUUCUUGUCCAAGACGUGGCCGGGCUGCUCCUUCGGCAAGGCCACCGCCUUUCUGGUGCUCGCGGAGCGUUUGCUUUUGGUCGAUUCCAACGUGCUGACGCAGGCCGCGAAGGAUUUCAUGGCGUUGGGCGAGGCGCAACUCGAUCGAUGUGCUGUGGGGCGCAAUGUGACGGUCUUCGAACAGAUGAUGUCUGAGUGGCCCUUCUGGGGCGUCCUUCGGCGGGUGGAGGCGAACGAAAGGGUGAAGUUGCCCUCCGAACAGCUUCGGACCCCGCCACAGUAUAUGUCUCCUGUCUUGAGACCUGCAGCUGGCCUACAUCAGCCUGGUGGUUUUCAGCACCCGUCGUCGAGCGAUGUGGCAAAGCCAAAGGAUGGCAACAUCCAAACGAUCUCGCGAGCAUGUGAGGCACGUGAUGUGCACGUCGCUUUGUCCGGAGACGGUCGUCACAUGGAAGGCUUGCUGGCAGCAAUGCAAUCCUUGAUUCUAGGCACUAAGGCCGCAGAGCGAGUUUGUGUUCACGUGUUCGCCUUGAAAGCGGAAGUCACCGGGCUUCUGGCCGCGUUCCGAUGCAGCUUCGAGGGGCGCUUGGACCAGGAGGAUGCUGGUGGCGAAUAUGAUUUCCGAAUCGACGGUGUGGGAGUCCAGAUUCACAUCUUCACCGAGUCGGAGGUGCUUACUGACGAUCUCGUCGUGGAUGCUGGUGUCACACUGGAGACGGGCGAUCUGAACGCGCCCCACAACUUCGUCCGCUUCUACCUGGCCAAGUGGAUCUCGGCGUCCAGGAUCGUCUACCUCGAUACCGACGUCAUCGUCAAAGGUGAUGUGUGCGAGCUUCAUGACAUGGCCUUUCAGAGCUCACGGGAGGCGGUGCUGGCGGCCGUGCCACGGCGGCAUUUGCCGCUGUCCUUCUACUUGAAGGUGUUCAGCCCCAAGAUGCCUAUUUGGUUGCCCUCGACGGCUCCAAGCUUCAAUGCAGGCGUCAUGGUGAUUGAUAUGAAGCUUUGGGAGCGGUUGAACGUUACCAAUGCGGUGCUCAAAUGGGCGAGACAGAACAAGGACAGAGACUUGUGGAGGCAUGGCUCACAACCACCGUUGCUGCUGCUCCUCUACGAUCGGACGGAGUGGAUUCCAGAUGUUUGGAAUGUCGAUGGUCGAUCCCUUAGCUGGAUUGGACUGCUGCCUUCGCAGCUGGAUUAG